CCUGUGGCUUUAAGUCCAACCAGUUGGAAGCUUUUGUCUUUUGUAAAAGACUCUCACAGCUAAAGCAGAGAGGCACAUACAGCCUGUGAUCUCUAUUCUCCGAGCCAAACUAUUCAUUUGCAUCAGCAGCACCAGGCACUAGCGCACGCACUUGUGCACGCGCACCCGCACACACACACACAUACACACAGGCACAGAUGCUUGUUUUGCAGAAGCUUUCUGUCUAUUCAGCACAGUCCUCCCAGGCACUCAGAUAUAAAAGCUCCACAAAUUGAUGCUGGAGACAGAACCGGAACUGUCCCCUGGAUGAAGCAGGUGCUGCAAAGGAUGGCUCUGCGGGAUGUUGGUGUGGUGCGGCUGCACCUGCCUUUUCUGGGAAAGGCCCCUCUCGGAGACUGUGAAGCUCGAGCGGUUGGAAGUAAGCAGCCUCGCCCAAGCUUCCAGUGCAGUGGCCUCCAGCGCUGAUGGCAGCAUCCAUACCGAGCCUGCGGAUGGCAUCCCUGACCCUCAGCGCACAAAGGCAGCCAUCGCCCACCUGCAGCAGAAGAUCCUGAAGCUCACAGAGCAGAUCAAGAUUGCACAGACAGCCCGGGAUGACAAUGUUGCUGAGUACUUGAAGCUCGCCAACAGUGCCGACAAGCAGCAGGCUGCACGAAUCAAGCAGGUCUUCGAGAAGAAGAACCAGAAGUCUGCCCAGACCAUCCUCCAGCUGCAGAAGAAGCUUGAACACUACCACCGGAAGCUCCGAGAGGUGGAACAGAAUGGGAUCCCCCGGCAGCCAAAGGAUGUCUUCAGGGACAUGCACCAGGGCCUGAAGGACGUGGGAGCCAAGGUGACUGGCUUCAGCGAAGGUGUGGUGGACAGUGUCAAAGGUGGCUUCUCCAGCUUCUCCCAGGCCACCCACUCGGCAGCAGGGGCCGUGGUCUCCAAGCCCAGGGAGAUUGCCUCGCUGAUUCGGAAUAAAUUUGGCAGUGCAGACAACAUCCCUAACCUGAAGGACUCUCUGGAGGAAGGCCAAGUGGAGGAUGGGGCCAAGGUUUUGGGAGUGAUUUCAAACUUUCAGUCCAGUCCAAAAUAUGGUAGUGAGGAAGACUGCUCUAGUGCCACAUCAGGCUCUGUGGGGGCCAACAGUACCACGGGGGGCAUAGCUGUGGGGGCAUCUAGCUCCAAGACCAACACCCUCGACAUGCAGAGCUCGGGGUUUGACGCACUGCUCCAUGAGAUCCAGGAGAUCCGUGAGACCCAGGCCAGACUGGAGGAGUCCUUCGAGACCCUCAAGGAGCACUACCAGAGGGACUACUCCUUAAUAAUGCAGACCCUGCAGGAGGAGCGCUACAGAUGUGAACGAUUAGAAGAACAACUAAAUGACCUAACAGAACUCCACCAGAAUGAAAUCUUGAACUUGAAGCAGGAGUUAGCCAGCAUGGAAGAGAAAAUUGCCUAUCAGUCCUAUGAACGGGCCCGAGAUAUCCAGGAGGCCUUGGAGGCAUGCCAGACCCGCAUCUCUAAGAUGGAGCUGCAGCAGCAGCAGCAGCAGGUGGUGCAGCUGGAGGGGCUGGAGAGCGCCACCGCACGCAACCUGCUGGGCAAGCUCAUCAACAUCCUCCUGGCCGUCAUGGCAGUGCUCCUAGUCUUUGUGUCCACAGUAGCAAACUGCGUGGUCCCGCUCAUGAAGACACGCAACAGGACGUUCAGCACUUUAUUCCUCGUGGUUUUUGUUGCCUUUCUCUGGAAGCACUGGGACGCCCUCUUCAGCUACAUGGAGCGGUUCUUCUCGCCCCCUAGAUGAUGCUGCCUGACACAGUGCUCCUGCUGCAGUGCAUGCGGAGAGCAAGACAGCAGCCAGCCUGCUCGGGAGUCCCUGCAGCAGCAGAAGAAUUGAGUGAAUCUGUUUACAUUUAGAAUAAUGUUUUUUCUUCAAGAGACACAAUUGCAAUAGUAUUUUUUAGAUUUUAUCCAAGAAGUUUUUUUGGGCAAAAAUCUUGGAUCAUUUUUAUGUAGCAUGAUUUCCUUGGGAUGCAAAUCUUAAACAGUCCUUUAACAUGAACCCACAGUCAGGGCACACUGAAGGGCAUUCAGAAUCGUGGCUUGAAGGACUACACUCAGACCCCUGAACAGACACGGAGCUGGGUAGGACAGCAGUUAAUGACACCCUCCCUGCCUGGGUCCACUCCGAGCCUGGCCUGACUACUGUGAAAUCCGACCACAUUCCAGGCCUGAAUGCUUGGAUCCAGGGUGGAAGGACACACGCGUUCCCUAGCUUCUCACCCCAGUUGGCCACUGGUGUGAGCCCUGGACACCCACUCCCUGGUGAACACGGGCACUGACCCUGCCAGGAGUGACAGUGUUGUGUCCAGAGGGGCCCUACGCAGUCCUGCAGCAUUGUGAAGCAGCCCUCCAAAUCCUUCAUUUUAAGCAAAAUCCCUUGGCCACAAUUUUAAGGGUUUUUUUUUUAUAUGUGUAUAGUUACCAACUUAAAAACAAAAAAACCCGAACUGCAUACUUGAAGAAUGUAAUACUCAAACUCUCAGUGCUUCCUUAUGGUUUCUAAUAGGAUUUUUAUUAUUGUUAUUAUUAUUAUUAUUGGGUUUUUUUGGACGGGGUUGGGAGGGUCUUUUAUUUUGCCUUUGAAAUAAAGAAGUGCUGUUUUUAAAUGAAGACGUGUGGGUAUGUAAGUGUGCUGCCCCUCCUGUCUGGAACAGUUCAGGGAGAGCCUUGCUGUCCACACUGCCCUCUGCCGCCCCUGGCUCGGGAUGCAGCUUGUGCUUCCUUGUCUGGCCACUGCUGCUUUCUGGGGUCCGCUGCCCCCACACCGCCACUUCCUGGGCGUGGCUUCUUUGGGAGGCAGGGGAUGUUCAGGGGGAGGGGGCUCUUUCCACAGGCCAGUGUGGUAGGACUGGGACUGUGCUGCCCAGGUAAAUGUUCCUCCAGUGACCUUGGGCUGGGAGUAUCUUUUGGAGAAAUCGAGACUGUUAGGAGAGUCCUAAGUAAUUCCUAGUAUGCCCUUAAUUUAUUGUUUAACACCCCGAGUUACUGAAACCAAAGUGACAUGGAGUCUUCUGUCUGCAUUCUGGCCCCAGCACCCUUAAUCACAAAGCUUUAUUCUGUUUGCCUAAGAGGAUCAACUGAAGGGGAUUCUCCUGAAGAACAGAAAAGGAAACGUCAGGUUAGAAGGACCCGAUUGUGAGUGUGAAGUGUUGCCAGCUCCUCCUCAUCAAAGACAAACUUACUAACCGAGCCCUGCUCAGUGGACUUUUUAUAGGCAGUUUAGGAAAUGAGCUGAGCUUUCUUCCCCGCCCUGUAGCCAGCUCUAUCGUCUUGGUGGAACUUGAACUUUUUGAACUUAAUCUAGAGACCCUGAUUGGUCUUUCCUAUUAUCCACAGUCUUGGGUCACAAAUGCUGUUCUCUCGCAGCCUUGUUGUGUGCAGCCAUGUGACAUGCAGGAGCACGUACUCUGCCUGCAGAGAGAAGCCAAGAGCGCUUUGCCUGUUCCUCAUGCCGAGACGGCUCUGGGACCAGGUCAGCCCUGGUCUAAAGGACAGCUGACAUGUCAGCUCCAGCUGCCUUGUGCUGUGGCACGCUGGCCUUCUUGGCCGCCUCUGUCGUCCGCAUAACUACAUUGACGCUUAACUCAGGUACCCCAGUCCUCACCCAUCACCUCACAGCACCCAGAGCAGGGACCAAAGGGGUAUGAUUUCUCUUUUUCAAAAGAUGUUUAUGCCAAAACCAAAUUGUUCCCACGCCUGUUAACAUGUUAACUUUACCUGUAGAUAUUGCAGUGACUAGCACGAGUGCCAGAGGACACCCUGACCCUGUCUAGCAGUUUCUGCUUUAGCUUAAUUGCUCAGAGUAGAGUCGGAAAGAUGCUGUAACUCCAGUCAUGGUUUUCCCAAUGCAGCACCUUUGAGGCUUCUGCUUCCCAGAGCUCCUGAACUCACAGGCACUGCACAGGAGUCGCUGUUAUAUCAGGGUGAUGUGGUUCCCACUGCUGAAGGAGUUUCUCUCGAAGGAAUGUUUCACCUCUAGAAAGCCUCCGAGAAUUGCGCCUGACAGGCCAGGCUGAUUCCCUUUCUUCCUCAGGCUGUCUUGGGAAGGAUGUCGGUGCAAGUCAAGCACAUAGUGGCUUUCUCGCUCUGCUGUGCCCUGAUCAUUCAUGAGGCCCAACUGUGGUCUGUGUUUGCUGCUCUCUAAAACCCUGUGUCUGUUUCCAUGCCUGCCCAGCCCAGUUGCCUUUGAGUUUCUCUGCAUCAUGGCUGUUCUUGAAUUCUCCUACCUGUUCAGACCCCUUUGAUAACCUCACACUAUGGUCCCAUAUCUGCUCUGAGUGGAACUUCUCCUCACUUCAUGCUUCUCUUAAAAAAGACGAUGUACGCCCCUUUGAAAUGACACAUUCCCUGACUGUGCGUCUGUGCAGUGCCGAGCCAUUUGAGCAAGGCUGGCCAUGUUGGGCCAGCUGGCUGGGCAGGCUGCAGUUGCGCUGCGUGGUGACAGGAUCGCUCAGUGCACUCCACCAGCAAGGAAGGCUUCCUACUCAAUUGGUUCCUCACCAUCCAGAUGGAGGCAAAACCUUCCACGUCUCAGAGUAGAUCUCUCCCCUGCCCCGGCAGUGUGAGGUUGACACCAAGAGGAGCAUGAGAAUCAAGCCUUCCUUGCUGGCUGUGCCUAGUGGGGAGCGAACCACGGUGUGGUCCUGACGGCCUGUGGUUCUGUGUCUGAACCCAUGCUCCACUGUGGUGCAGCCAGAAGAAUGCGGGGCUCUACAUGGGUCCUCACAGGGAGCUGCCUGCCCUUCAGCUUUGGGAAAUACACACCUAGAACCAAAACCAACAUUAGAAUUGACAAACGGGCACAGACAAAAGCAUAGUUCCCACACCACCACGCUCAGUGAAACCUGGGAUUUCGAAUGUGGCUCUGGCAGUUAACGUUUCUGUGUGUUGUGUAUGCUAGGGCACCCCUCCACAGGGACUGAGUACUAGACUGUGUGUUUUAUCCAAGUAUGUAAGAAUAAAAACUCACAUGCACGAAUUGAGAGUAAAGAAAUGACACUUGUGAAUGCGUGAACGUUAACACUAUAGUUGAUAGAUCUUAAGCUGCUAAUUGUUGAGAGAGAAUUAAACUUUUGUUCUGUCUGGUUGCUGCUGGUUGUCAGCAGUGCAUUUACUGUACAUACAAUUGGAAAUAAAGACCUCAGCUAUUAA